AGCGAGUUGGUGUUUCUAGGCCAGUUGCUAGCACUACGAAAUCAAUCACUCUUCUCUCCUUUCUCCAUAUGCAAAUAUUCUACUAGCUUCCAUGGGAAUACCUUCUUUCUUCAGCUGGCUCAUCGGUAAGUACCCAAACAUUGUCACCCCCACCAUCGCCGCCUGGAAGGAGGACGAUGAUGAUGAAGAAGAGGAAGAAGAAGACGAGGAGGGGGAGGGAGGUGAAGAGGAUGAAGAAGAAGAAGAAGAAGACAAGGAGGGGGAAGAAGAAGAUGAUGACUGCAUCUUCGACAACCUCUACCUUGACAUGAAUGAGAUCAUCUAUAAAUGCUUCCGCAUGAAUAACGGAUUGGUAUACCAUUGGUUCUUUGAUUACAUGGAUCGCUUGUUUCUCAUGGUCAGGCCGAGGAAACUCCUUUACUUGGCAGUAGAUGGUGUUGCCCCUAUGGCCAAGAUGAACAAGCUGCGCCAAGCGUACUUCAAAUCUGCCAAGCAUGCCACAGAUGCAGAGGCUGAAGCAAUUCUCUUGACAGAGAUAUUCAGAGCCAAAGGGAAAGAGGUCCUGCCUCGAGACAAGUACGAGCUUGAGGAUCAUACUGUCAAGAUGCCAGGGACAGAAUUCAUGGAGAAGAUAUCAGUGCUGCUGGAGUACUAUAUCCGUAAACGGUUGAAUACCGACCCCAAGUGGAAAGACAUCAAGGUAAUACUCUCUGAUGCAAAUGUUCCUGGAGAAGCGGAGCACAAGAUCAUGUCUUUCAUUCGCGCACAACGGAGCAUGGAAAACUAUGAUCCGAACACUUAUCAUUGUCUGUAUGGGCAUGAUGCGGAUCUGAUAAUGCUAGCUUUGGCAUCUCACGAAGUACACAUGUCAAUUUUGAGAGAGGUCGGUAAUUCAAGCAAGAUACCUGCGAGACUGUAUCAGUAUGUGGACAUGUGGGUUCUGAGAGAGUACUUGGAGCUUGAAAUGAAGACACCAGAUUGCAAACAAGAUACUGAGAGACUAAUAGAUGACUUUAUCUUCAUUUGUUUCUUCAUGGGAAAUGAUUUCAUUCCACGGAUUCCUUCACUAGAGAUAAAUGAAUUUGGAGUUGAUCUUCUCAUUGAAGUGUACAAAACAACCUUCAACAAAAUGGGGGGCUAUAUUGUCAACACAGACAAAAUCAAAGAUAACCAUGGUGCGUAUCUGCAAGUCUCAAGAUUAGAGAAGUUCUUUGAUGAACUGUCCUUGUGCGAAGAGAAAAUUUUACUGAAAAGAUAUGAACUGAGAGAGCACUUAUUGUGCAAGAUACAACGUGAAGCUGCGGAAACAGAAUGGAAUGAAAGAAGCUCUGACAGUUUGGAAGAAAGCCCCGAUGGUUCAUACUCGACGUGCAUGCUGUUUUUGAAGCAAGGAAGUGCUCGUACUUUCAGUGGGACUAAUGUCAUAAAGAAUACCAGGGAGCUGUGGAGAACUGCGAGAACUGUUUGCCAUAAUAAGGGCGACCUUUUUAGAAAAAGAGCCUGCACACAAGACAGGCUAAGACCAGGAUGGAAAUCACGGUUCUGCAAAGAGAAAUUUGGUGCCGAAACUUCUAAUGAAGCUGGAUGGCUGCAGCCUGAAAUGGUGCAGAAGUAUUUAGAAGGAUUAUGUUGGAUGCUUCGAUGCUAUUUUUCUGAAGUUCCUUCAUGGACUUGGUGCUACCCAUUCUAUUAUUCUCCUUUGGCAUGUGAUUUCAAAUGUCUGUCUCAAUUCAAGGUAUCCUUCACCGUGGACAAACCACUAAGACCAUUUGAUCAGCUCAUGGCAAUUUUGCCUCCAGAAAAACAUGUUUUGUCAUGUGCCCUUCCAGCAUGUUACAUCAAAUUAAUAGACUGUGAAGAAUCUACAAUACGAAUAUUCUAUCCAUCAGAGUUUGAGAUGGAUGCAGAUGGGAAACGUUUCUUGUCGCAAGGUGUUGCGAAGUUGCCAUUCGUGGAUAAGGAAUUGCUGCUUUCCGCUACCAAAACGGUAGAGAAAGAACUCACGGAGGAUGAGAUGAGAAGGAAUAAUAUCCGGCAAGAGAGGAUCUUCCUAAGGUGCUCACACAGUUUGGCCAAUCACGCAGCAUUCGUGCCAACAUCCGAAUCUCCACAGAAAAGGCUCCCGAUAUGCACUAGCGAAAUCGGAGGAUGGUUCUCACCUGAAGAGGAGUUUCAAACAUUCGCGUCAAGAAGAGAUCAGGUUAAUUGCUCUUACAUUUGGCCAAUCGAUCCAGACAUGUCGGUAUCAGCAAUGUUCUUCAACCCUGAGGCAGUGAAGCCAAUCUCGAGACUACUUGAGGGUGUCAUCGUACCUGAUAAGACAGUAACUGAGGCCGACAUUCGGAAGAGGCCGUUGUGGCACACCUACCCGGGUCCAAGACUACCGACAGUCGCUCACAGACCAGAGACCAUGGGCCAGUGGAAGGCGAUGCCGAGGGAAGAGCACAAGCCCGGUGGAGAAGGGUGGCUGGGCAGGGGGAGGGGAGGCACCGCUGCCGUCGCCGAGGCACAGCAGAUCGGGAGCAACAGCAGCUACGGGCGUGCGAGAGGGGGCGGCUAUGGGAGGGGUUCGCGGGGUGUGGACAUGGCGCAGAGCCCUCGGUUGGACAGCGGUGGUGAGUGCGUCUCCAGAGCGGGACGGGCUUGGGCAGGAGGAGUAGGCGGGCCGCCGGCGCUGCAGAGGCAGCAGACGGAGGGGCGGCAGGUUGGGUUGUGGGCGAGAGGAGGCGGCAACCCCAUGCGACGUACAGCUGAUUGAUCAAAGCUAGUACAGCUGAUGUUCCCAUCACUUCACCGAUUCAAAAUAUCGCUACUUUAUCUAACGGAUUUGCUUGAAAUCAGCCGUC